AUGGCGCCCGAUGAUAUUCCUGCUGAUGCCCAAGACCCCUCCGGGCUUUUUGAUGAUGAGGAUACCUGCAUGCAGUUGGAGGAACCGCUGCAGCAGCAGCAGCAGCAGCAGCAGGAGCAGCAGCAGCAAGAGCAGCAGCAGAGCGUUGAGGACUCCCUUUUUUCCGCGUAUUCUUACUCAGCAGCAGCAGCAGCAGAAACAGCAGAGGACCUGGAGGGCCUGUCCUUCUCGCCGUCCCCCGCAACAGCAGCAGCAGCAGCCCCAGCAGCAGCAGCAGCAGCAGCAGACAGCGCGCCGGCGCCGGCUGCGUCGGCGGCGUGCUCCCAGGCGCAGCAGCAGCAGCAGCUGCUGCAGCAAGAGGAGCAGCAGCAGCAGCAGGAAGAAGCCGUGGACCGCAGCGCCGUGCUGCUGCAGUGCGGCAGCUGCGCCUGCCACCUGCUGGUCUUUGAAGAGUUGGAAGAGAGGCAGCUAGCAGCAAGUUUUGAUUUGCUGCACUUGAUAGUGUUAGCAGCAACGCGGCCGCUGCCGCAGUGGCAGCAGCAGCAGCAGCAGCAGCAGGGGCUGCUGCAGCAGCAGCACGGCGAGCUGCUGCAGCCCAUGAUGUACAGCUGGGGCUUCGAGGAGCCCCAGCCCGUGAAGCUCAACUUGUCGCUCCUCAGGUUCACGCUGGACUGCAUGCAGAGCGUGGAAGCAGCAGGCGUUGGGUGCAGCAGGCGAAGCGCCUUCUUGUCUUCUUAUUUGGCCUUUUGUCGUUUGCGGCGGCAGCAAAGAAGAGCAGCAAUGAGGCUAAAAGCAGCAGCAGCAGCAGCAGCAGCAAGCAGCAGCAGCAGCAGCAAGUGCGUUUUCGUGCUGCACGCGUUCAAAGACUUUCCCGGGUUUGCCUUCGACGAAUCCAAAGAG